AUGACCCAAAAGCCCAUCGCGCAAACUACCUUUCAACAACCACCCACCAUGCCUUCUUUGGACGGUCAAUCAAGUGCAAAGCACGAUGAAGAUCAAGAUCAAUCCAAUUUGAAAGAAGACCCUCAGCAGGGACUGCUCAACCAAGUGUACGAAUGGCUUCAUCAUGAGAAGACCAGGCGGCAAAAUCGUAAAGCCCGCAAGUCCGAAGCCACAUCCUAUGCACCACCUGAAGACGACGCGCCGGUAUCAGACGUUCCCUUAGAAAAACCUAGCUCGAGUCCCUCCUCCUCAGAGAGCUCAUUUUCUCUGGAUAAAUUGGAGAAGAUCCUCCUCCAAUAUGCGACUACCCGCCCGGAAUCGACCCACCGACAACCAGUCAAAAAGCAAUCUCGACGUCGUCUCAAGGGCCUGCGGAGGGGUUCCGCCUCCGAGUCUGAAUUGACAGACGCCGAGGCACCCCCACCAGGCGUGGAAGCUUACCUGGACAACACGAAGACACUUGCCUACACCGGUGGCGGUGCAGUAGAAGAGAACACCGACUCUAGCGCCAGCGUGAAGCAAACCAAGGAGGCAGAGGCCUGGAUGAUUUUCAAGACUGAAAUCGUCCGCCUCGUCCACACAUUGCAGCUGAAGGGCUGGCGCAAGGUCCCCGCGGAACUUGCUGGAGAUAUCGAGGUGGUACGUCUCAGCGGUGCUCUUACCAACGCUGUGUAUGUAGUCGAACCACCAAAGAACCUGCCUCCUCCCAAGACCGACAGCAACACUCUAGUUUCGAGGAAACCCCCACCGAAACUCUUGCUACGUAUCUACGGCCCCCAAGUCGACCACCUGAUUGACCGAGAGAAGGAACUACAAAUCCUUCGUCGCCUGGGAAAGAAGAACAUCGGACCUCGCAUCUUAGGAACCUUCCUCAAUGGUCGCUUCGAAGAGUACUUUGAGGCUCGCCCCCUUACACACAAGGAGCUGCGCAUGCCGGAAACAGCCAAGCAGGUUGCCAAGCGCAUGAGAGAGUUGCACGAGGGCAUCACACUUCUCGAUGAAGAGCGUGAAGGUGGACCUAUGAUCUUCAAGAACUGGGACAAGUGGGUAGACCGAUGUGAACAAGUGACUACCUGGCUGGACAAGGAGCUCGAGUCCCCUCAAAACGAGGCCAAGGCCGCAACAGAGCCAUGGCGCCGUCGCGGCUACGUCUGCGGCGUGCCAUGGGAUGUGUUCCGCAAAGCCGUGGAGAACUACCGCAUCUGGUUGAUUUCUACCUCCGGUGGUAUGGCCGAGAUCAAGCGACAGCUGGUCUUCGCUCACAAUGAUACGCAAUAUGGCAACUUGCUUCGCAUGGAGCCUGCCACACAAUCACCCCUCCUUUUGCCUGCCAACGAACAUAAGCAGCUGGUCGUGAUCGACUUCGAAUAUUCAUCCGCCAACACACCUGGAUUCGAGUUCGCCAACCACUUUACCGAGUGGUGCUACAACUAUCACGACGAAGAACGCUCCUGGGCCUGCAACAACCGGGCUUACCCCAAACCAGACCAGCAAUACCAGUUCGUCUCAACCUACUUGACCCACCAUCCCGGUGCCACUGGAACUGUUUCUCCCCUGGCCACACCAACCAUUCGUGCUCGUGCGUCUGCGGCAAUCGCACCACUCGACCUGGAUGAAGGGUCAGAUGGACCAUCAGUCUCACAGAAUGAAAUUUCAAUUGAGGAUGAACACGACAAGGAAGUGCGAUUCCUCAUGCAGCAAACUCGGAUAUGGCGAGUAAUGGGCUCUGCCCAAUGGAUCGCAUGGGGUAUUGUUCAAGCCAAGGUGCCUGGUAUGGAGGAAGGCAUUGCAGAGGCACUUGCUGCUGAGAAUGGGUCAGGCGAAGCCGAAAAGAACGGCAAUGGUGAAGAGAAGAAGCCAUCUGCCAACGAGGACGCCGAUGAAGAAGGGGACUUUGACUACUUGGCUUAUGCCCAGGACCGCGCAAUGUUCUUCUGGUCUGAUCUGCUCGCAUUGAACUUGAUCAAAGCAGAGGAACUGCCUGCCCCCCUGGUGGAACAUAUUCGCUCUCGACUUGUUGAAUACUAA